GCAAGGGACAGCAAAAGGGAAAUGGUUUCAUUAUGACCCACAAAUGUAAAAUUCCCUAAUUAAGAACAAUGUAGAAUUUUUUUAAAAAGCAAAUACGUAGAGGGUGAAGCAAUGAUCCUAUAUUUGGCCCUUCAGACAGUUGCCACGGAAAUGAGAGCGGUAAACACUUUCAGCUUUCUGGCUUCGUGGUGGGAUCCAGGGCAGAAUGUGAUUGAGCUGUCAGAGACCUUCUCUCAGUAAAGUUUUACCUGACUGUCUACAUGAUCGAAACAUGAGAAAUCAUCUCUUUCUCUAAGCAGAUUCUUCACAAUUCACAGAAGAUGAUUCAUGGUGAUGGCUUGCAGGGUCAUAAACAACAGAAGACACGUGGGACUUCAGCAGCUUUUGUCAUUUGCAGAAACAGGAAGAACUUUCCUUGGCCCAGUAAAAUCAUCCAAAUUUAUUAUAGAUGAAGAGUCUCAUGAAAGUGUGUUAAUCAGUUCACCAGUAAGGCUUCUUGAAAGUUUGGAUUUAACUAGUGCAGUGGGACAGCUUCUCAAUGAAGCAGUUCAAGCACACAAUGACACAUAUGGAACUGGAACCAAUACUCUUUUGUUUUUUGUUGGUGCAUGGAGCAGUGCUGUUGAAGAAUGUCUUCAUCUGGGUGUCCCGAUUCCAGUAAUAGUAUCAGUAAUGUCAGAAGGCUUGAACUCUUGCAGUGAAGAGGUGGUUUCCCUUCAAGUACCUAUCCAUAAUCUAUUUGACCAUGUAGACAACACAAAUACAUUUUCUGGUUUUGAAACACCAAGUGUCAAUUUGUGCCCUUUUCUACAGAUCCCUUCAGAUACUGGUUUGAUACAGAAGGACCAUGAACUCAAAGAUGUCUCUCAAUCAAUGACCAUUUACAGUCUCUCUGGGAGACCUGUUAAAUCAUGUAAACUCUUCAGACUUCAGGCUAAGGUUGAAGCAAAUAAAGACGCAUCACAAACUCUGCAAACUCUGAUUAACAGUCGGCUUGCAGAUACCAGCUGCAGAAAGUCAAUACUAACCCACAGUAGGCAUUUUAAUAGCACAGAUAAUAAUCAUUGGGUAAGCAAACCAGAUGGACUAGAACAACCUAGUGCAGCUACUUCCAAAACUUACAGUUGUAAUGAUUUGGUAGAGUUGGCAGUGGGUUUGAGUCACGGUGAUCACAGCAGCAUGAAAUUAGUAGAAGCAGCAGUACGGCUGCAGUAUCAAAAUGCGUGUAUGCAACAAGGUAGCUGUUCCCUGCCGUUCAUGUUUGACGUUUCAAGAAUCUUCACUUGCUGUUUGCCAGGUUUACCUGAAACUUCUACUUGUGUCUGUCCAGGAUAUAUCACUCUUGCAUCAAUAUCUAGUACUGCUCUGAUCAAGGAAUUGAAGGAUCAGCCUGUCCGGGUAGUUCUCGUUCAAGGUGACCUUACAGAGAAUUAUCGCCACCUGGGAUUUAAUAAGUCUACAAAUAUUAAAACAGUGUUGGAAAGUAUGAAGGUUAACCAAGACAGCACAGAAGAACUGUGGGCACAUCAUGUGUUACAGAUAUUAACUCAGUUCAAUGUGCACCUUGUCCUGGCACGAGGAAAUGUAUCUGACCACUUAAAUGAAAAAUGCGUGUAUAGUAAACGUUUAGUAAUUGGGUCAGUGAAUGGCAGUGUGAUGCAGGCUUUUGCAGAGGCUACCGGAGCAGUACAGGUGGCCUACAUUACACAAGUGAAUGAAGACUGCGUGGGCAAUGGGGUCUAUGUGACCUUCUGGAGAAGUGUUUCCGUAGAUGUUGUAGAUAAGAAAAACAGAAUGGCAAUCUUGUUAAAGACAGAAGGCAUUAAUUUGGUUACAGCAGUGUUCACUGGCCCAGUCACUGCACAGAUGCAAACCAAAGAAGACAGGUUCUGGACUUGUGCCUCUCGUCUGUAUUAUGCUCUAAAAGAGCAAAAGGUCUUCAUUGGAGGCGGUGCAGUUGAAUUUUUGUGUCUUAGCCAUCUUCAAAUUAUUGAAGAGCAAUCUCUGAAAAAAGGAAACCAAGCCUAUUCAGGAUGGCUUCAUAAUAGUUCCUCUUGGCUGGCUUCAUCUCUAGCACUAUACAGGCCAACUGUGCUUAAAUGCUUAGCAAAUGGAUGGCACAAAUACCUUUCAACUCUCAUGUAUAACACUGCCAGUUACUCAUCAGAAUUUGAAGCCAGCACAUUCAUUCAACAUCAUCUACGAAAUGCUAUAGACUCUGGCUCUCCUUCAUCUUACAUCUUGAGUGAAUAUAGUGAACUGAAUAGUGGAGUUUUUAAUUCAGGCAUUUCAAAUAAAUUGGAGCAGAUUCCAAGAGUUUAUGACAUUGUUACACCAAAGAUUGAGGCGUGGCGCCGAGCAUUGGAUUUGGUACUGUUAGUACUUCAGACAGACAGUGAAAUUGUCACAGGACACGGACACAUGCAGAUAAAUUCAAAGGAAUCAGAGGGCUUUUUAUUUUUGUAGUUCUAUUGACUAAAUCCUUGAAAAAUAGUCGUUUGUAAUAUGCUAAUAAUAAAUUUAACAGUAGCUUAGUUAUAGUACCCAAAGUGUUAAAUUACCAGUAAGAGAAUAAUUUGUGUGUCAAUAACUGUAGUGACUGAGAUUUUACCCUACUUACAAACCAGCAAGUUUGCCUGUUAACUGUUUCAUAGAAUGCUACAGAAGACAUGAGACAAAGGAAUUUAUUAUUCAUAGCAAAAGGAGCAGCCAUAACUUCAUAUUGGUUUGUGUCAGUUCCCCAUUACCUUAGGUUCUAUGGGGCAAUGAAAAGGGCCAAUGAUUGGAAGCCUGCACACACAGUGAGU